AAUGUCAAGUGGUGGUAAGAGUUAUUGAUAAUUGAAAAGUGAGUAAUGAGUAGAUAGGAGAGUUGAUAGAUCACCUAAACUAAGAGCAUGACAGUGAAGAUGAGGGAAUGGAAGAUUAUAAGAUAGGAGGUUUGUUUAAUAUGACUAUCAGAAAGGAUAUCAUCCUGUUCAUAUUGGGGAAGUGUUACUUAAUCGUUAUGUUGUCAUUCAGAAAUUAGGUUGGGGACAUUUCUCGACUGUGUGGUUAGCAAAGGAUUUCAAAUAUGAUACAUAUGUGGCGCUAAAAAUUCAGAAGAGUGCAUCACAUUACUUGGAAGCAGCUUAUGAUGAAGUAAAUUUUGUGAUUUAUUUUUAGGUGGAGAUCUUAUAGAAAGUGGCAUAGAAUGUAUAAAAUCCUGUUUGGAUAUAAUCAUUAAAAGAAUAUUAUACAGAAGUAUAAGUUUCAUAUAAUUAAUAUAAGGAAGGACGUACACAUUUCAAUAGAGAUGAUACUCAUACAGUUUAAUUAUUAAAUUCAUUUGUCUACAAAGGACCUUAUGGACAUCAUUUUUGUAUGGUUUUUGAGAUUUUGGGUGUGAAUCUCUUAGAAAUAAUAAAAAGAUACAAUUAUAAAGGAGUAUAAUGAUUAUAUAUUAAGUUAGUGUCCAAUGGAUAUUGUGAGAAAAAUGGCUAAAUAGAUAUUAAUUGGUUUGGAUUAUUUACAUAGAAUUUGUGGUGUCAUUCAUACUGAUUUGAAACCAGAGAAUGUUUUAUUAUGUUUAUCAGAUGAGGAAAUUAAAGAUAUUGUAGAGAAUGGAUAAUUGACAUCAAAUCAACUAUUUUCAGAUAGAAUUCAUAUUUAUAGAAAGAUGUUGGGUAUAAUUAAGGAUGAGUAGAAGAAGGAAGAGGAGGAUGAUCAUGAAGAAGAAGAUACUUAGAUGAGUAAGACUUAGAGAAGGAAAUUAUAAAGAAAAAAGAAGAAGAAACAUGUAAAUUAAUAAGAAGAGGAAAUGCCUAAGUCAAUUAAAGAUUUAUUUAAAUAAGACAAUUAAAAAAAGUAAUAAUAAAUUAUUAAAUUGAAAGGAUAUCAUUUAAGACUUAGAAACCUUUGCCUGAUAAUUUUAGAGUAAAAAUUGCAGAUUUGGGAAAUGCAUGUUGGAUUCAUCAUCAUUUUUCUACAUUGAUUUAAACAAGACAAUAUAGAUCUCCUGAAGUAUUAUUGGGAAUAAAAUAUAAUCCAACAGCAGAUAUAUGGAGUUUUGCAUGCAUGAUUUUUGAAAUGCUAACAGGAGAUUAUUUAUUUGAACCAAGACAAGGGCCUAAUUUUUCAAAGAAUGAAGAUCAUUUAGCUUAGAUAUAAGAAUUAUUGGGUAAAUUUCCUUAUGAGUAUGGAACAAGAGGAGCAAAAGCUAAAGUAUGAUUAUACAUUAAAAAUAAGCGAUAUUUUUCUCAAAAUGGAGUAAUGAAAAGAAUUUAGCAAUUACAUUUUUGGAAUCUAUAUAAUGUUUUGACUGAGAAAUAUCGAUUCAAGAAUUAAGAAGCAUUAUCAUUUUGUUCAUUUAUGUUACCUAUGUUACAUUAAAUGCCAGAGUAUCGUACAACUGCUUAGGAAACACUUAAGAGAGAGUUAUGUUGUAAUGUGAGUAGCGAAUAUGUAUUGAAACGUUAUAUAGAUCAAGUGUUCCAAUUCUAAAAUUUUAGAGAAUAUAUUCCUCCUUCAGGUUGGUUUAAAUAGAAGACUGAUGAGAAGAUUGGUCAUAAGAUGAGUGAGGAGGAAUACAAGAAAUACACUGCUCAUAAGAAGAUUAAUUAAGAGUAGGAAGAAUUAGAAUAAGGUUAAAUUAGUGAAGGGAUUCAGCCAACUUUAUUGAUUAAUUAUAGAAGAGUAUAAAUAUUAAGUAUAAGUAGGCAUCUACAAGGUCUUAUGAAGGAUCAACUUCAUUAACUCCUGAAGUAGAAGUUCUACCAAAGAAACAAGGGAAGUAUGUUGAUCAUCGUGUGAUUGAUAGAUCAUUCACUGAUUUAGGAUACAUAGGAUAUGGAGAAGGAAUUAAUUUGGAAUAAUUAGAUAGUACAGGAAAUUGGUAAUUUAGUUGAGU